AUGACUCCCGGCCAGAGUCCGAGUUCACCAUCGCUGGAGAAAAGCUCCGUCGGCCUUCAUGAUGAGCAGACGCGUGACUCUGAACAAGAAACCCAAAUUGUGCUCGAACAAAGCAUGAGCCAGGUCAAAGAACCGACCACGCUGUGUAUGUGCCCGGCGAAGCCAAAAAUCCCACGCCCGCAGAACGCGUUCAUACUAUAUCGUAGAUGGCGCCAGCAGCCAAUGUCAGCACAGUAUCCUAACGAGUCCAACCCGGAGAUCUCUGUAAGGAUUGGACGGGAAUGGACAAGAGAACUCUCCGAGGACCAAAAAGAAGUUUGGCGUCAACGCGCCGAAGAAGAAAAGGCUCGACAUCAUCGAGAAUAUCCAGGUUAUCGUUAUCAGCCCAAGCGACGAGUCAACCAUACAUCUGUACUCGACCUCGGCGCCAUUCCUUCCAGUGAUUGGCUUCGUUGCGAAAAUUGCCAGAGGUCAGUCAAGCCUCCGUUAGGCUUACCACGUCGAGCUCCUAUCAAGCCAGCCAGUCUGAACACGCCAUCCGCAACGAUAGAACGUGCGGAGCUCGCUUUGCGACAGAAGCGCCCGAGCAGUUCUGACGUUCAUACCAUGAGGUCGGAACCUUUGCAAGUUCACGUCUCACAGGGCGGACUCAUGUCGCCGAGCACUGAUCCUAAACGUCGCCGGCUUGAUCACGGGUCGCGGAAUGCAUCUGACGGGAUUACGCGACUGGAGCACUCUUCGAAGAUAGCUUCUUCUCGUUCAUUAUUUUCAACAUCGACACACCAGGCCGGAAUGCGGUCGCAUUCUGAUGGAAAGUAUGGCACUGAACCAAUGUUGCCACCCAUUCGAAGCCCGGCACAAAUUCCAAUGGCUGUAUCAUCGCUGUCGUCCUUACCGCCAAGUGGUUUCAGCCAAGGACUUCGUGACCCUGUCGAAAUGAACGGGCACAGCGCAUCAUUGAUUUUGCCGCCCAUCCAGAACAGCCAGAGAUUACAACCAGCACCGGAGCGAGGUGAUGCUCCUCAGGCAUUCCUGUCAAAAAUCGACACCCUCCGCAACAUCACGCGACCGACCGCAGUAUCUGCGAACUGCCAGCGCGGGCCUUUGAUUUCCAUCGAGGGCGAAGACGCUCAAACCGUCAUCGAGCUUGGCAUUUGGCUUCGUCGGAAAUUGCGCAUGGAAGACGGUCUCGAUGUGAAGGUUAUCGAAAGUCCGAAGCUCACCAUCAGCAGCGACAAGAAGGUACUCAUGGCCCAAUAUCAUUUUCUGGUAGCCAGCUGGCUUCAGAACAGCGAAUGUAUCAUGGACUCGCUCAGAUUUACUUCAGCGCGCACGACUGCUGCUAUGAAUCCUGGACAAGAAUCAGACGCAUCACAUCAAGCAUUGCCCGUUGCUCUCGUCGCCAACUAUUCGCUACAUGCCACGGAUCUCUUCUGCAAAAACUUCCCGCUCUCUCCUGAUGACACAUACAAGCCAUACGACCAUUGGAUGUGGGCCGCAUCGCAGUGGCGCGGUGUUUGUAGUCCAGACUUGAUAAUCUAUAUUUGCGAUCCGCGACUACGCUCCGGUGGUCACGCUGCUGCCGUCAACACAUCUCAAAGAGACAACCUUUUCGUUGUCGAUUUGGCGCUCACAAGUGGAGAAGAGCUGAGAGCAGAUCUAGAUACAAAUGCAUUGCGGCGGCUGCAAUUUGAAGUUCGUGAAUGGCUGCGAGCAUUCCACGCCGAGACCGGCCGUUGA